AUGUCUGAGUCCCUAGGGCAAAUUACUAUCUUCAAAGAGUACACAACACCUCAAACCGAAAUGCCGAGUUCACCCAGAUUUUUUUGCGAUCUGCUCAUAUAUUGGGUUGGGGACGGUCAGGCGCAAAUCUGGCGACAUCGCGUUGACCCGAUAACCUACUUUAAACAGUGUACCGUAAGCACGUUGGUUCCUAAUUCGAUGGCCGAAAAACGGGAAAGUGGGACGUACGACCAAGCCUGGGAGGCGAAGAUAGUCACACUUGGUAGUCCGAUUACGGACAUAGCCUAUAUUUGGCCAUGUCCGUAA